AUGAAUAUUUCCCAUAAUCCGGCGAUAGAAUUGGAUGAAGAAGAUGCCUACGAUAAGUUUGAGCCUACAGAUCGCUCGAAAGUGGAAGAAUACAAGAAGCAAGAGCAAAAGUCUCAUCCUCAUAGGUUAGAAGAGUUCAUAAUAACAGAACCAAAGACUUUACAGGAUGAAGAGACCAAGAUACGUAUUAACAGACCAAUUGGUGUUUAUACGCCGCCGGAAAACUUUGCUAUGGUUUGUGGGUCGAUAUAUCGAUCUUCUUUUCCUCGGGUGGAGAACUUUGAGUUCCUCCAAACGCUCAACUUAAAGUCUGUGCUGUGUCUAAUUCCAGAAGAGUAUCCACCAGAAAAUCUCGAGUUCAACAAAGUAAACGGAAUCCGGUUCUUCCAGGUUGGAUUGAGUGGUAACAAGGAACCUUUUGUGAAGAUUAAACCCGAGCUUGUCACCGAGGCUCUGAAGAUCAUUACCAAUCCAGCUAAUCAACCCAUACUAAUUCACUGCAACCGUGGUAAACACAGAACGGGGUGCAUCGUCGGAUGCGUUCGUAAACUCCAGAAGUGGUCAUUAAGUAUGAUAUUCGACGAGUACAGAAAGUUUGCUUAUCCCAAGGAACGACCCUUGGAUCAGCAGUUUAUAGAGAUGUAUGACGAUACAGAGAUAGAGCUCUAUGCAUCUGAAAGACACUGGUUGCCACUACAUUGGUGA